GGAAACAAGCUGGGGUGUAAGGAUUCAGCUGUGAGUGAGUCAGAUGUCAACAGCUGGACUAGGGAGGUGGCAUCUUGCAAUGUCCCCAGAGGGGGCUUUCCAGGCUCCUGAGAAAUUUGGGGGCUGGCAAGUAAGAAAGGGGAGGAAGAAAGUAGGGUUGUGAGAACCACUCUGCUGUUUUCCAGCGGUUGCUCCUUGAGCUGAGGCCGAAGAAGACAGAACAAGACAGAAGCAGUUGCUGUGGGCUGGGAAACCACAAGCAACCAAAGAUUGGACCAUUCCACAAAGGCCCACUAUAGCACAGGAAGUGAGGCUGUGCCUGGGAGAGGAUUGGGCUCCGUCUCUGGUGAGGGAAUAGUCUCGGGGCACCCAACCCAGGUCAGCAGCUCAAGCCGGCCCCUUCUGGACAUCUCUCCUGAGAGCUCCCCAGCCCUGAGGCCUGUAUCAAGAGUCUUAGAGAGGGAAAAACAACAGGGGGUCUCGCAGUGAGGCUCCUGACUUCCUAGGAAUCUUGUAGGCGGCCCAGCCAGUGGUGUGGGAGGCGGGCGACAGGACGGGUUUAAAACCACGCAGGCCCUGCUGCAGCCUCUUCUCCAGGACUGAGGACAGAGGAGAGCAACUCGGGGAAUUCCACGGAUCAAGCCCUGGAGGCUUUGCUUCUUGUCUCGUCUUUUCCGGCUGGAGCAGAACCCAAGAGAUGAAGGGCCUCCUCACGCUAACUUGGUUCCUGGCUUGCAGUGUGCCUGCAGUGCGAGGGGGCUUGCUAGAACUGAAGUCCAUGAUUGAGAAAGUGACUGGGAAGAAUGCCCUAAAGAAUUAUGGCUUCUAUGGCUGCUACUGUGGCUUGGGCGGCAGAGGGACCCCAAAGGAUGGCACUGAUUGGUGCUGUUUUAUGCAUGACAACUGUUAUGGGGAAUUGGAAGAGAAAAACUGUAACAUCCGGACCCAGCCCUAUGACUUCAGAUUCACGCGCGGCCUAGUCAUCUGCGAACAGGGGUCCUUCUGUCCAACGAGGCUUUGUGCCUGUGACCGGAAGCUGGUCUACUGCCUGCGGAGGAACCUCUGGAGCUACAACCCUGAUUACCAGUACUACCCCAACUUCCUCUGCUAAUGCCGUCUGAGGGCUCUGCCCUGGGAGAGCCUCCCACAGUGGAGGUCCUCCCUCAGCUGCAUUCCUGGUGUAUCCCCCAAGGCCUUGGAUCUGUCUUCCUCUGUCCUCCACUGGGCUGGACAGAGCCCUAGGGCUACACCUUUCCCUCCAGAGUCCUAGAGAGGGACUCCAACCUUGACUUGGCAAACCCCCAGCAUGGCUGAGCCUGCACCUGUGAAGCUGCCUCUGGGCCACGGAGCUCCCCCAGCUCCAG